CCAGGUGCGAUUUGCCAGUCCACCAAACAAAACCCAGUGUAGCCAGUGGUGGAAACUGUAUUGGCGGCAGGAGUAUCCUUCUCGUUGGCGUCGAAUCAAGAAAGGUAUGCAUACCGCUCUUCAAAUUAGUUGGGUGGGUAUUAUUUGUGUUAUGAGUACCCCAGUUGUGGUCUUAAUUGGACUGUUGGGGGGUUUAUACUGGUGUAUCCAGAGAUUACGAAGGAGAAGAAGCAUGGUGACCAUUAGCGAGGCUAUGGAGGUGGCUGCUCCUGCGGUGGAUGCCAUUAAAAUAACAGAGAUGACCAAAGCAGAUGAGGUGAUGAAAGCGGCUUCGCCACGGGCUCAAGAAGAUGGGGUGCAGAAGGCUACUGAUGGGGAGGAGAAGCCAGAGGAGGUGCUGCAGGUCGAUGAAGUGGCUGCUGGGAUCCAGGCUUUGGCCAUGGAUCAAGUUGUGGAGUUCACCAUGGAAGAUGUGGCGGCAGGUGUGCAGUGGGCAAAGAUGAGCUUGCUGGGAAGGCUGUUCAUGGAUAACCCGCCGAGUCUGGCUGUUAUCAGUAAGAUUGUGAAUGGCGAAUGGAAUUGUGCGGUGGAGGUCAGGGUUCUUGCUGCUGAAAGAGGGCUUCUGCAAUUCUUCUUUGCUGAUGAAGCUGAUCUGGAUUGGGUCCUUAAGAGGUCGCCAUGGACAGUGAAGGAGAGGGUGCUGCAAUUGAAGCCUUGGUGUCAAAUAACCAAGGAGGUGGUCGAUUCCUUCAUCAUGGUCCCGCUUUGGGUCCAGAUGUGGGGAAUUCCUAAUCACUGCCGUACUGUGGCCUUCGGGAAGAGGGUGGCUGGGUCGAAGAUAGGAAAGGUUUUGGAGGCCGGUGCUUUUGCUAUCCAGGGGAUCUCGGGGCACUUUAUUAAGACGAAGGUUCUGCUGGAUAUCACUCAACCACUUCGUUCUCAACUCUAUGCAAGCAAUCCGUUGGUCGGCGAGUUCUGGGUCACACUGGUUUAUGAGUUCCUACCUCUUUUAUGCUACCAUUGUGGGAGGUUGGGGCAUAUGGCCCCAAACUGUGUGUACCCAGACCCGAUGGGAAUAGAGCACUACGGCCCUGAGCUUAGUACGGACAUCAUCGGCUAUCGAGUGGAGGAGGCAGCUGUCGUGCCUUUCCCACUGCGCCAGCCGGCGCAGUCGUCGGUGUGGGUCAACCCCAAUUCUGGCGCCAAUGCAGCAGGAGGUGGGAAGCAGAAACGGGGUCGGGAAGCAGAGGAGGACCCGAGAGGUGGGAGAGAUAAAUAUGUUGUGCUGGGCUUGCCUGCUCAAGGGAGUUUGGAGCGAGGGAUUGGUGAUCUGCAAGGGAAGUCGGGCCAGGGGCAGGUGCACAGGGGGAAUGUGGUUGGUGGUGGCAGUGGGUAUCGGGGACAAUUUGUGAAGGGAAAAGGCAAGGGUGGCCAGGGCAAUUACCAGCAGGCUAAUAGAGGGUUGGAGAGGAGCAGGGAGAGUGUACCCAGGCAGCAGCAGCAUAGGUAUGAAGCUCGCAGGCCCCAUGGGAGGCAAACAAAUGAUGCUGGGCCAAGGGCAGCAGGGGGAGGGCCGAAAAGCAAGGGGAAGGAGGCCUUUCGUAUGGUGGCGCCGGAUCCAGCGGAGAUCGAUGAAAGGAAACGGGCAGCGGGUGAAGUUGCAGGGCUUCAAUUUGAUCCUACUCCAGUGAAGAAAAUGUGUGUGGAAGCUGCGGUGGAGGAAACCAGCCAUGAAUGGUCCCAGCCCGCUAAAUGAAGAUGAUUUCCUGGAAUGUAAGAGGCAUCGGGCCAUCUCUUACGUUCCAAUCCUUGCUUGGUCUGUGUAGGCCGAAUAAGCCAGAGGUUAUUUUUCUGUCAGAAACUAAAUCUUGUAGGCGCGUAGUUACUCGGCGGUUGCGCGGGUUAGGUUUUCAAAAAAAAUUUAUUGUUGAUGCUGUUAGUGCUGCCGGUGGGCUUGCUAUUGGUUGGGAGUGUGAUUUUGCCCUCCAUGUACUGGCGCAUGAGUCAUUUUUUAUUGCUUUUGGUGUUGGGAAUGAUAUUGAGAAUUUGGAGUAUGUGUGUGUGUUUGUGUUUAUUUGUUUCCAGACCGAAAUGCACGUGUUUAGCAGGUUACUAUGCUUAAUUUGUAUUGUUUGCAAUUGAAUGUCCCAUUCUUAGUAGUAGGGGACAUGAAUUGUGUGUUGGAACCCAAUGAAAAAGCAGGAGGUCU